AUGAAUUUCGUUUUGUGGGCAAUCGUUUAUGGGAUCGUGGACGGUACCAUUGAAUGGAAACCUACUGUGGCAGAAGUUCUAGCCACAAAGACACCUAAUGGAAGAGAAUUAUGGACCCUUGAAUGGAAUGAAGCUGCGAAGGAUCUUCAAUUCUUUAGGAUGGUCACUUCUCAAGGACCCAAAUCAACAAAGGCAUUGACCUUCUCCUCAUUGCACCAUAACUUCACUAGCUUGGCCCGGCGCGACGGAUUCAAAGACCAGUUGCGUGUGCAUGAAAUUCGAGGAGGCGUUGCAAACAAGAUCGACUUUUCUAUUUGCAAGUCGACAGAACGUGUUAUUCAUUAUCCCGGCAUGCCCCCCCGAGAAAGGCCGCUGUUCAAUAUGCAAUAA